AGUAGCUUGGUGUUCGCUGGAGGCGCCAUCUAGCAAUACGUGUCAUUAUACUAUUAAUUCUCAAACAUAACCGUACUCUCUUAGUCUGCCUCUCAGUACUCGUCCUUUACCGCUUCAUAUUGCUGAACAGACUUUUACCACUGGCGCAUUUUAACAAACAAUUUCUGCGCACUGGAUAUUUCCGAUGGUGCUUGAACUCAACUACUCCAUACAUUUCGUUUCAUGAACGUUACAAUUUUAGCCAAUGAGGAAUGUCUUUGCGAGUCUCAACCGUCGUCGCCGCUUCAUAUUGCCUUCCACUACUUUACCUCGUUGUAGCACCUUUAAAUAUGAUUUACAGAAAUGUUUAGCAUUGGAAGAUCUGGAAUACAUUGGAUUUGCAAGAAGAGAGGAUUUUUGGUUUCCAUCAUACUGUUGGCAAAAAAAAUUAUAUUCUACGACCAGUGUUCAUGGUGAAAGGCCAUCGGCAGAAUAUGCAAGGUGGAGAAAGGAAUCACUGGAAAGUAAAUUUGGGGUUGCUCUUGGAGCUUAUAGCUCCGAAAAAGCUUCCAUUGCUUAUCGUUUUGGUCCAUUCUUGGCUUUGUAUAGAGCAGCAAUCAUCUCAUUCCAUGUUUUGAAGUUGACCAUUUGGCAAUUCUUCAUUCAUGACAUCAAUAAGCGUGCUGUCAUGUUUUGUGAAACCCUAAUCCGCUUGGGGCCUUUUUAUAUCAAGCUUGGGCAGGCGCUUAGCACAAGACCAGAUAUAUUGCCAACUGUAUAUUGCCAAGAGCUUGCUAAGUUACAGGACCAAAUACCCCCAUUUCCUACUGAUGUUGCAAUCAAAUCUAUUGAAACUCAGUUGGGUGUUGAAGUUUCAAAAUUUUUUGCUGAUAUUAGCCCAGAGCCUAUCGCAGCAGCAUCGUUGGGACAGGUGUAUAAAGCUCACUUGCAUUCUGGAGAACUGGUAGCUGUUAAAGUACAGAGGCCUGGUAUGUUGCUUUCAUUGACCCUUGAUGCUCUGUUAUUUAAUAUGAUUGGGGGUCAAUUAAAGCGAUUUGCUAAGGCCCGUAAAGAUCUGUUAGUUGCAGUGAAUGAGAUGGUAAGGCACAUGUUUGAUGAAAUUGAUUACAUACAAGAAGGGAAAAAUGCUGAACGUUUUGCUUCUCUUUAUGGUUGCUACCCAUGUAAUGAACAAAAGAGAGAUAGAAAAGCUUCUGGUCCAAAUGCUUUUAAAUCCAAGAAAGGGAACUGUGUUAAAGUACCAAAGAUACACUGGGAGCUUACACGAAAGCUGUUCUUACAUGAAUGGAUAGAUGGAAUUAAGCUUACAGAUGAGAGGGGCCUGAGGAGGGCCACUUUAGACAGGAGGAAACUAAUCGACCAGGUAAAACAUAAUAAGCUCCCUCAGUUGCUUGAGGUAGGAUUUUUCCAUGCUGAUCCUCAUCCGGAAAUCUUGUUGCCAUUGAUAGGAUCCAUUGCCUAUUUUGACUUUGGAAUGAUGGGUGAUAUUCCUCGUCAUUAUCGAGUGGGCUUAUUCAAUAUUCUGGUGCACUUUGUUAAUCGUGACUCCCUGGGUUUGGCAAAUGACUUUCUUUCUUUGGGAUUUAUUCCUGAAGAGGUUGAUAUACAAUCUGUUGCAGAGGCAUUGCGUGCAUCUUUUGGUGGUGGAACUCGGCAAUCUAAUGAUUUUCAGGGAAUAAUGGAGCAACUAUAUGAUGUUAUGUACGAAUUUAAUUUGUCUCUUCCCCCUGACUAUGCCCUGGUGAUAAGAGCUCUUGGUUCACUAGAGGGCACAGCUAAAGUUCUAGAUCCUGAUUUUAAAGUUGUUGAGAGUGCAUACCCUUUUGUCAUAGGAAGGCUUUUGGCUGACCCAAAUCCUGAUAUGAGAAGAAUUUUACGGGAACUUCUCAUCCGUAAUAAUGGUUCGAUUAGAUGGAAUCGACUAGAGCGUCUGAUAUCUGCAAUAUCUGAACAAGCAUCUGAGUCAUCUGGUGAUUCUGAAGAUAAUAUUUCAAGUCCGUUGGAAUGGAAAUCAUUUGACAUGCGUGCUGUUGUUUCUGCCACUGAAGAUCUUUUACUAUUUAUUUUAUCUGAAAAGGGUCAGAGGGUACGGGUGUUCCUGCUCCGGGAUAUUCUUAGUGCAGCUGAUGCUUUUUUGCAGGUGGAAGUUUUUGGUUGCAUUUUGGAUGAGAAAACUAAAGCAAGGAAUACUCAGCGGCCUGAGGGGCAGGCAAUGGUCACAAGGGUGGUUAAUGGGUUUCAAUCUCUCUGGCGCUCGGUAGAAUUGGCUCCAGAGGUGUGGACAGCAAUGUUCAUCCGCAUGGCGUUGAAGCCAGAGGUGUAUAAAUUCAAUAUAGACAUCAUUUCUGCGUUACUAACGCAUUUAAGCCACAAAUUUCCAGAGACUUUGUGGCUCUCUCUAUCAAGACUGCUUCACAAGGUGGUGAAAAACCAUAGCUCUAGCAAUUUAUAAGCCUUUUUUCUCGGGGGCCAUGUGCCACCUUUACAGUCAUUAAUAUGCUUUUAACAAGUUCUUUCGUAACCUAUUUUGUCUGGUUUGCUUAA